CCGCGAGACGUCGCCCUCGUGCCGUUCCUUCUUUCCACGAGCCUGUUUGCCAUCUGCCGUGGUCACGUGACACAUCUGUCAGGGGACAGCAUGGCGGACAUGCAUGUGGAGCCUCAAAACAAACUGCACCGAAUGUCCAGCUAACCCUGCCGAGAACCAUCGAUACCGCGCGUCGAGCCGGGCAGGCAGUGCCCGAUCAGAGAGCAGGAUGGACGAGGAGAACAAACUUCAGUUCCCGUCUCUGCCCGCAACCAAGGAGGAGCUGCUGGAUUGGGCUUAUCCUAUGAGACGGGAAAUGCAGGAGAUCUUACCAGGAUUGUUUUUAGGUCCCUACUCUGCUGCAAUGAAAAGCAAGCUGCCAAGUCUCGAAAGACAGGGGAUUACACAUAUAGUGUGUGUCCGCCAAGACAUUGAAGCCAAUUUUAUUAAACCUAAUUUCCCUCAUUCAUUUAGAUACCUUGUGUUAGAUAUUGCUGACAAUCCAGUGGAAAAUAUAAUAAGAUUUUUCCCAAAUACUAAAGAGUUUAUUGAUGGCUGCUUAGCAACAGGAGGAAAGGUACUGGUUCAUGGUAAUGCAGGGAUAUCAAGAAGUGCUGCCUUAGUGAUUGCAUACCUUAUGGAAACAUUUGGAAUGAAAUACAGGGAUGCAUUCAGCCACGUCCAGGAGAGGAGGUUCUGCAUCAACCCUAAUGUGGGCUUUGUGCAUCAGCUACAGGAAUAUGAAGCGAUCUACCUAGCCAAAUUGACCAUUAAAAUGAUGUCACCCAUGCAGCUGGGCAGGUCCUUCUCCAUACAAGCUGGGGUGCCAGGAAGCCGUAAACGCAGCCUUGAGGAAGAUGAGGACUUCGGAGCAAUGCAGGUCACAGCAGCGCAGAACAGAUGAGCUUUGCUGAUAAUUUGGCCAUGUGGCAGCGCAGUGCACUCAAUUUUUUUUCUUUCUUUCUUUUUUUUUUUUUUUUACAUUUUUAAUGGGAUUAAAAAUGUAAAUAUUUGAACUUUUUCUAAGGGGAAGGGACUAGGGGUGGGAGCGGGACCACUCAUGUCUGAGACAUGGAGUAGUGAUGGGGACUGGGAAUAUUUGAUAACUCCUUUUUUUUCUCGAGCUGUAUGCACUGAUGGGAGAUUUUUUGCAGUUUUAUAGUAUUUAAAGCAUUUUGCAUUUGCAGCGGGACAGUAUUGCAAUAAUGCACUUUCGAUACUUGAAUUUGUGUAGAUGAGCAGAAUGGGGCAGUCGGCAAAAGGGACAGUAGCCAGGAUGUUGCCCAGUGGAGGUCACGAGAGAAGACUAGCUAAUGCCUUUAACAUGGAGUAAUAGGAUUUAAGACUAAUAUCAGAUUAAAUGUGGGAUAGUAAGGAAUGGAAAAUAACACUGCUUAAUAAAAGAAGUCUGACUCUA